UUUAUUUUCAUGUUUUUUGUUUUAUCUUUUUCAUCUUAAUUUGCCAUCAUUCACUUUCCUCUUCCAGAACCCUAACCCUAAUCCCUCUCGCUGGUUUCCUUUGCUUUCUCUACUUUCCAUUGAUGAAUUGUGAGUCGCAGCUUUUGUGAGCCAUAUAAUGAUCUUCGGGCUGCGACUUGUUUGCAUGGGUUUGGAGAAUGCCGGAGCUUCGUAGUGGACCGCGAAGACGUCGUGCUCCGGUAGGUCGCAGAAGCUCAGAAACGCCGUCUCCGACAACGAAAUACGUGAAAACUCGCGCUGCAGUCGCAAGAGAGGCGGCGGCGACAGCAGAGAGGCCAAGAACUCGUUUGGCGGCCAAGAAAGAGGAAGAGAAGCCUUUGAUAGUAAUAUCUGAUCACUCUAAGAAGAUUGUUGAAGAAAACAUGGGCGAUAGCGGCGGUUUGAGCGGGAAUAAAGUUGUACCACAGGAGGAAGAAGCCAACGCAACUCCUUUUCCAGAAAGGGUUCAAGUAGGCGGAUCACCUAUUUAUAAGGUGGACCGAAAACUUGGGAAGGGAGGUUUUGGGCAAGUUUUCGUUGGCCGGAGAGUAACAGGGGGCAAUGACAGGACCUCUGGCUCUGGUGCCACUGAGGUGGCAUUAAAAUUUGAGCAUAGAAACAGCAAAGGUUGUAACUAUGGCCCUCCUUAUGAAUGGCAAGUGUACAAUACACUUGGUGGAAGUCAUGGAAUCCCUAAAGUGCAUUUCAAAGGGAGACAGGGAGAAUACUAUGUGAUGGUUAUGGACAUGCUAGGUCCAAGUCUGUGGGAUGUGUGGAAUUCUUCAAGCCAGGCGAUGUCUGCUGAAAUGGUUGCAUGUAUUGCUGUUGAGUCCUUGUCGAUCUUGGAGAAGAUGCACUCCAGAGGUUAUGUGCAUGGAGAUGUAAAACCAGAGAACUUCUUACUAGGUCAACCGGCUACACCACAAGAAAAGAAAUUGUUUCUUGUAGACCUUGGAUUAGCAACAAAGUGGAGAGACACCUCUAGUGGGCAACAUGUUGAAUAUGAUCAACGUCCUGACAUGUUUAGAGGGACUGUUAGAUAUGCUAGUGUUCAUGCUCAUUUGGGAAGAACUGCUAGUAGAAGGGAUGAUCUUGAAUCUCUUGCAUAUACACUCAUCUUCCUUCAUAAAGGACGGUUACCUUGGCAAGGUUAUCAGGGUGAUAAUAAAUCCUUCCUUGUUUACAAAAAGAAGAUGGGAACAUCUCCUGAGAUGCUAUGCUGUUUCUGCCUUGCUCCUUUUAGACAGUUCCUUGAGAUUGUAGUGAACAUGAAAUUUGAUGAAGAACCUAACUAUUCCAAGCUUAUAUCUUUAUUUGAUGGUAUGCUUAGGCCCAAUCCUGCAUUGAGGCCUAUUAAUACUGAAGGUGCUCAAAAGGUUGGUCAGAAGAGGGGUAGAUUGAAUAUUGAGGAAGAGGAUGAUUCACAGCCCAAAAAGAAGGUUCGUUUGGGGGUUCCUGCUACACAAUGGAUUUCAGUUUACAAUGCAAGGAUGCCAAUGAAGCAAAGGUAUCAUUACAAUGUAGCAGAUGCAAGAUUAGCACAACACGUAGAAAGAGGGAUUGCAGAUGGCCUUCUUAUUAGUUGUGUGGCAUCUUGUUCCAAUCUCUGGGCACUUAUUAUGGAUGCUGGAACUGGUUUUUCUAGUCAAGUUUAUAAGUUGUCUACAAUUUUUUUACACAAGGAAUGGAUCAUGGAGCAAUGGGAAAAGAACUAUUACAUCACUUCUAUUGCAGGGUCUACUAAUGGGGGCUCUCUUGUGGUGAUGUCAAAAGGCACACAAUAUACCCAGCAAUCAUAUAAAGUAAGUGAUUCAUUUCCCUUCAAAUGGAUAAACAAGAAGUGGAGGGAAGGUUUUCAUGUGCCCUCAAUGGCCACUGCCGGAAGCCGUUGGGGCGUGGUUAUGUCUCGAAAUGCUGGAUUCAGUGAUCAGGUUGUUGAACUUGAUUUUCUCUAUCCCAGCGAGGGAAUCCACAGAAGAUGGGAUAAUGGUUAUAGGAUCACAGCAACUGCUGCUACAUGGGAUCAAUCUGCUCUUAUAUUAAGCAUUCCUAGGCGCAGGCCUGGAGAUGAAACUCAGGAGACAUUGCGGACAUCUCAAUUUCCAAGCACACAUGUUAAGGAAAAAUGGUCAAAAAAUCUCUAUCUUGCUUGUUUGUGCUAUGGACGCACAGUUUGCUGAAUUCCUUCUCAAGUCCGAAGGAUUUGUUUGACUGUAGAAUUAUGUAUUCUUCAAUGCUCCCAAUCAUGUAUAAUGUUGAGAAUUGUAACUCUGUUAUAGUAUUACUCUCCCCGCCCAUUCUGUUGCAAGUUCGUUGUGGUGGAGAUCUGACAGUUAAGUUAAUGUAUACAACUUAGCUAUAUGUUACUCUAUUAUGUAUGUAGCUUCAAUAAUUUUUUUUUUUUGAAUUUUCAAGAUUGUUUCCGCAUUUAGUCGAAUAAAAUCUAUGUAUGAAUAGCUUUCCUUGUAAAUAAGAGUCAAAUAAUAUGAAUUUCUGUCCUGCAUGAAGGGCAUUUGAAAUCUCAA